GCAAGGUGUGUGUGUGUGUGUGUGUGUGUCUCUCUGCGUUUUAGUUAGUGUGCGUACAUACAUGCAUGCAUGUGGUUUUGCCACCCACGGCCAUUGACAGGCGUGUUCCACUCCCAUGGUGAAGCGUGUUCCUCCCAGGUAAUUUCACCUCAUGUCACGCACUGCCCUAUCUGGUGUCCUUCCUCCUGAAAAACCACAGUGGUUCUUCACACACACACACACACACACACACACACUGUAACACUUGGUUCCUCAGUGCACGGCGGCUGCAGCAGUAAUGGGGCCAUCACAAGACUAUCACGUCUGGUUUAGGAGAUGGCAGAAUGAGGAUUUGGUAUGAUCAGGAUGGUGUGUGUGGCAGCUGUGAAGGAGAUUACUCCGGGGCCUGAUCUUGUAAAUGUAACCGCAUCAACGCCCUUACAGAGGUCUACAACAAGGCAACGAGAUCGGUCCAGAGGACCGUGCCUCAGCCACGACCAGUAACACUCUGCGAGGAGAUUACCAUACUGAGAUAUAUCAUUCACUACAGACACUAUGGUUCUGGAUGCUGAAUGGGAAGCAGGUGCUUACAGCUUUACCCUCCGUUAGCACGCUGGUUGCUGAUGACAUAUACAUACCACAGUGUCAUUGUGCUUCUGUAUAGAAAAUAGAGAGAAGUGGAGACAGAGGGGGGGUAGUACAGAUAGAGAAAAGGGAGAGAUUGCGAUGAAGCAGGACACAGAGAGGUAUCAAGAAAUGUGGAGAGGGAGAGAGAAUGCAUCAAUGUGUGAGACAGGAAGAAAGAGCUAGGAGAGACAGAUGUGUGUGUGUGUGCAUGUCAUUGCCCCGGCCAGUCAGCCUAUUGUGACAGCUAGGCUACCUCUGUUUCUGUCCCUAGGCCUGAUACGAUCAAACUAGCAGAUGGUAUUAUAGCACUGAGUGGUGUGGUCUCAUUUCAUGAAGUCGACAGACAGAUGUAUGUUUUUCCAGCUUUAAAACACAUUACCGGCCUCUGUUAUGGGAAGGACAAACUGAAUUAGACAGCCACUGAUGAAACGAUGUACUGUCCAACAAAAUGUACUGUUAAUGGGAUCCAGAAAAGAAAGACUGACUGACACUGUCUUCAUUGCAGUGUCAGAUGGGUUUUACUAAUCUGUUUUGUUUGUGUCUUUCUUUGAAGUGCGCUUGUCUUUGUUGGGCAUUUACAAAUCCCUGGCUCAAAUUCACUUUGCUGUAGUGCCAAAUGCAUGGCGGCAUUGCCUUUAUUUUUUCUUUAUAGGAAUUAAAACCAAUGGGAUAACAAAGGUAUUGCCUUCCAAACCAUGGAUUAGAUAUGUUUUUAGAGAAACUCUCUCUCUUACUCUUCUGGUUGGGUUGGAAGGUUAAUGUGAAUGUCUAGUUCUUACUAGUCAGCAAGCAAGGUGGAGAACGUCCACAGUUCCCUUCUGUUAUGACCCCCAUAUCGCCCCCCAAACCACACACGCUCACGUACAGAACACGUCCUCUACUUCUGUGUACAUGUCUCUCUACCCCCCGUGUCUCGUCUGUCUGUGCACUAGCUCCUUGUUUCCUAGCAUUGGUGUAAUUAGCUUUAUCAGCAGCCAGAGCUCCUGCCUCGCUCAGGGGAGGGAGAGGAGAGUCAUUAUCUCCCUCAUUUCCUUCCCUCCAGCACACAGACAGACAGACAGACAGACAGACAGACUGUUGCACAUUUCCACACAGACAUGGGAGUGCACAGGCAGGCACACGUACAUGGAUGUACUCACACACACACACACACACACUGGCAUAGAGAUGUUAGCUCAUCCUCUCCUUCUCCCUCAGAGAUUCAUGUAUGAGCAGUAUUCAGUCAUACUAGAGGCCCUACAUGUGUCUGUCAGGACUGGAUUGGCUCUGACUCUUCACAAGGUUACAGCACCGCCCCUCUCUUCAUCACUAGCAGUAGCUAUCACUUUAGAAUCCUGCUCAGGCCAAAACAGCCCCCAGGGUACAGACGGGCUGUGACGGAGCACUGGGUGAGUCACCAGUACUGAGCAGCUGGAUGUGUGUGUCUGGAGGUGGGGGUGGAACUGUGUGUCACACUGUGUCUUUCUCUCCCCUCCUGUCUCUGUCUGUCUGUCUGUCUGUUUAUCUCCUGCGUUCUCAACCUGUGUGAGUGGUUAUUACCGUAUUUUGGAGUCUGAGGUCAUGCAGAGUUUAGAGGGACAGCCGGCCAGUGUUCAAAAGAGGCAUGGGCCACACACACACUGCGCUGGUCGUGCUAUAGGAGGUGCUGUGUGUGAUUGGCAGAUUGGGAAGCAGUCAGAGGCCAACAGUAGACACACACCAGCCUCCCCCAGAACAAAUAAGUGUAUCCACCCCCUCAUCUGUCACUUUCUGUGUGUUUUGUAUGCUUGCUUAUCUGUCUUCUCUGCCAAUGGGAGAUUUGAAUUCAAUUGGACAGAAAUAGGGGCAGAUUUAGCAUGUAUUCAGAUAUCUCUCCACGGGAAAAGGAGGUCAGCUAGUACCACACUGGUUCCAUAUGUAUAGUUAUUUUUUGGAACACAUAUUUCUGGUAAACAGUUGCUCAAUUCCACGGUUACAGAAUGAUGCUGAGACGUAUGUCAAACAAAAGCAGUCAACUCUUUGGACAAGGAUGACUUUUUCCACGUUAAAUUUCCUUAAUAAUUUCCACAGAACAUUUUACAAAAACCCAUUUACUUGAGGAAUGGUGGCGCUUAAAAAUGUGGUAACAGAAUGACGGCACAAACUGUUACCAAACUUUGCAUCUGCACAGUCCAACUAAAUGUGUUUUUGUAACAUUUUCAGUAGCAACUGUUAGAAGUCGUCCUCGUGCGUAGAGUUGUAUGGUUUGUUUAACUUUGCAGUCACAGGUUUCUGUUUGACGUGCAUUUUAAAGUGAACAAUCUGAGUCUCGGCAUCAUCCUGUUAGUGUAGAAUUGUCCAGUAGUAGAUAUGAUGAAGAUCAUGGUACAAUAGAAAGCAUUUUAGGAAUCACUGGCACAGUUAGCUCCAUUGUAAAAUUGGCCCAUAUGUGACAUCACAACUGCCUAUACAUUUACAACCCACUAUUAUUUACAUUAGUAAGCCUAAACUAUAACCCAUGUCUGUUUCUUCCUGCUUGGUGCACAUUGUUUCCUGUUCUCUGUGUUUACAGUGGCAGUCCAUUUCACUUGUGGCCUUGGGGCGAUGGCGCCACUCUUACCAUGGCAGAGGCCGAGAGAGAAAGCUAAGAUGAAUGGGUGUUUUCUGAGACCAGCGAAGGCUAAGAGACUGAGCCUGGCCCUUUCUCUCCACUAAGAUGACUGGGUCAUCCACCGUAGAGUGUGGAGACACCGUGGGAGACGUUGAAGGCCCCACUCCCCAGUCACAUCAGUGUAUGAUGGUUUUGAAUGAAGAAUGCGACCAGAACUGGUACAAGGCAGAGCUGAAUGGGAAAGAAGGCUUCAUCCCCAAAAACUACAUAGAAAUGAAGGGACACCCGUGGUUCUAUGGUAAGAUCCCCCGGGCGAAGGCAGAGGAGAUGCUGAACAAGCAGAGGCACGAUGGGGCCUUCCUCAUCAGAGAGUCGGAGAGCGCACCUGGAGACUUCUCCCUCUCUGUCAAGUUUGGUAAUGACGUGCAGCACUUCAAGGUCCUGCGUGACGGGGCUGGGAAGUACUUCCUGUGGGUGGUCAAGUUCAACUCUCUCAACUCCCUGGUGGACUACCACCGUUCCACCUCUGUGUCCCGCAACCAGCCCAUCUUCCUCAGGGACAUCGAGCAGGUCCCACAGCAUUCAACGUACGUGCAGGCGCUGUUUGACUUCGAUCCUCAGGAGGACGGCGAGCUGGGUUUCCGACGCGGCGACUUCAUCCAGGUCCUGGACAACUCCGACCCCAACUGGUGGAAAGGGGCUUGCCACGGCCAGACGGGCAUGUUCCCGCGCAACUACGUCACGCCAGUCAACCAAAACAUGUGAUUGGCUAAGUGAAUAAUGACAUGUCCCCCAUUGGCCCAUUUACACCCCCUCAGGACUUUGAGGGACACUUCAGAAACAGACCUAAAUGAGGAAUGGAAGAAUGGGAAGAGGAACAAAAAUCCUGCAAAUACACAGAGCGAGAGGCAGAUUUCAUUACUCAGACUCUACAGUUGACUGUGGAUUCUCUGAUGCAAUGAGGGAGACACACGGAACAGAGAAGCAUUGCAAAGGAACCUAAAUUGAAGUUAAAAAAAAACAAACACAAGGGAUCCGGCUGUAGCUUGGCUCCGGCAACGGCCUCCCUUCUUAUACGUUCUUUGUUUUCUUUCAUUAUGCAUAACAUCACCAUCCUAUGUUAGUCUAUUAGACAAAGACAAUGAAGAAGAUGUCAGAGACCAAAGACUCUAGUCUAGUGUGUUAUUGAUCUCAACCCAACUUUGGGAGAGAAGGACCAUGGACUGGAGAGAAAUUCUAUUGUUUUCGAUGUGUAUGUAUAUCUCUAAAUAUUUGUACUUUGAGCCUG